AUGAGACAUUCUCCCUCUCCUUCCCUACCAUCCCCGCAAAGACGGAGUCCACCUCUACCCGAGAGAUCUCACUCUCCCCCUCAAACCUUUCGCCCCACCUCUCCCCACCAUCCCUCUUCUCCUUCCUCAUCACGUACCGCCAAUCGCAACCUCCACACUAGGUCUUCUACUCGUAGGCUGAGAGGGGGCGCAGGGGGUCAAAGUCACGUGCCCAUGGGAACUGUUAAACCCUCCCCAGCUAACCCCUACUUACAGAGACGCAACAGACACGGGCCCCCUGUAACUCAGCAUGUGGCCCCAUUCAGGUCAUCGAUCCAUAGUGGCCCAGCAUCUCCUUCAGGACAAAUAGGGGGCAUAGCUGGAACUCCUGUGUUAUCAAGGACAGGCUCCCGGCCUACAGGGUUAAGGGAGUCGCAACGUAUUGGAACUCCCCAAGGAGGCUUCCGCAGGCCUGUGGGUAGGGGGCAGCCACUAGUCCGUAUGCCCAGAAACCAGCCCUCUCUUCAAUCUAGGCAAUCAUUCAGAGCACCUCCUCCAGUGCCUCCUGUCUCUCCACAGCCGUCUUUGAAACAAAGUGGCCCUCUUUCGCCCCAGCCUUCAGUACGCAGGCUGCAGAGUAGACCUCUAUCUCCACAACCAUUGCAGCCUCCAUCUCCUCUGCCCUCCCAUUCAACCUCUCCAAUGCAGCAUCUAUCUUACCCUCCCGCCCCUCACAGGGCAAUGAGUCCACACAGUCUAGGGCAAACAUCUUUUCGUGCUCCAGUAUCUCAGCCCAGUUUUCCUCCUGCCACUCUCCCAGUAUCGCAGAGUAUUGCCCAGUAUGACUACACAAUGCUGGAACGAGGCCCAACCUCAAUGCUUACCAAUGCUUUACCCACUGAUCAGUUUGUAGGUUCUCCUUUUGAUUCCGCUCCUCUUCCUUCCUCCAUUCCUUAUUCCCCCUCUGCUUACUCUUCUCAUUUACAGACACCAACCUCCCAACAAACACAGCAUGAAAUCCACCCUCAAAACCUUCCUCAAGCAUCACCCUCGUCACCUUAUCUAGGACACAUGUUCCAGAACCAGAAUCUUCAGAAUGCCAUCAAAACAACACCUUUACAGAGAAGCAUAUCGCCCUAUCAUGGUAGGCAGUGGGAGAUAUCAGGUCAGGUACAGGUGAAGCAAGAUGAGAGGCCAUAUGCCACUCUUGGUUUAUCCAAUGCUUUAAUGCAGAACUCUCGCUUGCGCAGUGCCUCCUACUCAUCUCCUCUACAACGCAAUGCCAACCUCUAUACAACUGUCUUUUCACCCCCUGAGGCAGAAGCCCCUUUCACUUCCUCUUUACCAUCCUCCCCACACCUGUCUUCUGCUGUACUUAACUCCCAGCUACGUAAUGCCUCCUUCGCCUCACCCCUUCAGCGACACCUCUCCCCCAUGCCUUCUGCCUCACCUGCUCCUCCUCCCACUAUACCUCAACAAGAGACUAUUAGAGGUACAUCCCCACUUUUUUCUGGUGGUCUCCGAACCUCCCAAAUCCAGGGCUCCAUGUUCAGAUUUCCAGGUGGAACUUUGACAAUGCCUCGGGGUCCUGUUGAGCCUCCUGUUACCAAUGAUGGUGGAGGUAUUGUUAGUGGUGGUGGGAGGUUGUCACCUAUGAUGCUUUCUAGUGCCCUUCAGAACCCAAGCCUACGUCAGGCCACCUAUCGACUCCCUGAUGGUUCAUUGAUCAACAGAACAGAACACGUUGAACCUUCCUCAGGUCAAUCACCACUCUCCUCCCCUAUGCUGUCCUCUGCCUUGCUCAAUCCCAGUGUGCGACAGGCAGCAUAUCGUUUGCCUGAUGGCACUCUUGCAACCAGGACAGAGCCCACUACCGCACUUUCCCCUUCCUCACCUAUGCUUUCCUCUGCACUUUUGAACUCUAGUGUGCGUAAAGCCACAUACCGUCUGCCAGAUGGAACUUUGGUUACAAGAAAUGAGCCAGCAUCUGAGCAUGUCACUCCUUCCUCUCCUAUGCUCUCCUCUGCUCUUCUCAAUUCUAAUGUUCGCAAGGCCUCCUAUCGAUUACCAGAUGGUUCAAUUCUGACACAUCAAGGAGAGGAGACACAGAAUGCUGAGAGCACAGUAUCAUCCCCUGGGCUGUCUAGUGCCCUGAUGAAUGCUAACCUGCGUAAGUCAAAAUUCCAGCUACCACAAGGAUCAUCCCUGUUUUCACAGAACCAACCUCAAGCUUCUUCUUCUGCCCCCUCUGGUCUUCUCCUUUCUGGGGCCAUGCUAAACACCAGUCUCCGGGAUGCCUCCUACAGACUCCCUAACACAUCACUUUUGAGGCAGCCUGGCUCUGCUGAUACCUCUGAGACACGCUCUCUUGACGUUUCUAAUGCUCUUCGCAACCAGAACAUUCGAUCUGCCACCUACCGUUUGCCAGAUGGAACUCUGAUGACCCAUGCUCAGCCUGCUUCUGCACCCCGAACACUGGACCUGUCUAAUGCUUUGUCAAAGAACCCAAACCUCCGUGAGGCAAAGUACCGUCUCCCCAAUGGUAAUAUCAUGACACGUCUUGGUGCACCUAGGACUCCAGAACCUCGCUCACUUAACCUCUCUGGUGCCCUGCAGAACCCUCAACUCCGGCAGGCCUCUUUUCGCCUCCCUUCCUCAUGUGCUGUAGUAUCACCGCAGGUCCAGGGAUCCAGCCUUGAACAGCACUGGGCACAGGGAUCCGGAGUUGAAGGCUUGGAAAUGCAGCAAGAUGUAGAUGUGUGGGGUGCAGAAAGGGUUCUACCACAUGGAACAGUGCAGAACCUCAAUAAGUGGUCUAUGUAUAGAGACGGGGAGCUGCUGGAGCCCCACAGCAUGAUGGAACGUGGACAUGUGGGGCAUGAACCAGGGGAAUGGAUUCCCAGCAGGGAGGGGGAACCACAGGGGCACUGGUUUGACAAGACACAAUAUGGGUGA